CCAGACCAGACACAGAAACAUCUGGAUCUGGUUUGGAUUUUGGCAGGCGUCACGACAGGAGAAUCGUUCACUUCCACAUGUCAAUUCCUUCCUCCCUCUCUCAAAACAAACCCAAUCAUUCACAAUUUCACACUCUCCCUUUCUCUCUCUAUAACAACACAAUCAGACACAAGCACAAACCUCGUGUCCUCUUCACUCCCCACACCCCCUUAACCGCUAAGCAGCACACCCAACAAAAAACCACAGAGGUGCUCUGUUGCUAAGUUCUUAACUGUGAAUUCUCCAAUAGUAUUAUCAAUGUUGAGAGUGAAGGGAGGGAGCAGGCCGCCGUGGGUUGGGCUCGGCGCCGCCGUGUGGGUCCAGAUCGCGUCGGGGAACACCUUCACCUUCCCCCUCUACUCCCACUCCUUGAAGUCAGUUCUCGGCUUCGACCAGCGCCAUGUCACGCUCCUCGGUGUCGCCAUCGACAUCGGCGAAAACCUCGGCCUCCUCCCCGGCGUCGCCUGCAACAAGUUGCCCCCUUGGCUCCUCCUCGUCGUCGGCUCCCUCGCCGCCUUCCUCGGCUACGGCCUCCUCUUCCUCGCCAUCUCCAAAACUCUUCACUCACUCCCUUACUUACUGCUAUGGUUUGCUCUGGUUGUUGCCGCUAACAGUAGUGCGUGGUUAACCACUGCUGUUCUCGUGACCAACAUGAGAAACUUCCCUGCUAGCAGAGGCUCUGUUGCGGGGAUUCUUAAAGGUUAUGGGGGGCUUAGUGCUGCGGUUUUUACUGAGAUUUACAGCAUUGUGCUUCAUAAUUCUUCUUCCAAGUUCCUGUUGUUUCUUGCUGUUGGUAUUCCUGUUGUUUGCUUCAGCAUGAUGUUUCUUGUUAGGCCUUGUACUCCUGCCACAGGUGAUGACCCUGUAGAGCCUUACCAUUUUCUGUUUGUCCAAGGUUCCAGUGUGGUUUUGGGUGUGUACCUUCUUGCAACUACAAUAGUGGGUAAUAUUAUUCCGUUUAGUGGUGAGCUUUCAUAUGCUUUGGUGGCUGUGAUGAUUCUGCUUCUCAUUGCUCCACUUGCUGUCCCUUUGAAGAUGACAUUGUUUCCUAGGCAUGGUUCUAAAUCAGACUCGCCCGAGCAACAAGUUGCGUCUUCUGAGGGCAAAGAUGAGAAUGCUGAGCCACUGCUGGCAUCUUCGUCGGCAGGGGCCCUUGGGAGUUUUGAUGAUCAGGAUGAUUCGUCUGAGGUGGCUGAGCUUCUUGCUUUGGGUGAGGGAGCAGUGAAGCAGAAGAAGAGAAGAAGGCCUAAACGUGGGGAAGAUUUUAAGUUCACUGAGGCUAUAGUGAAGGCUGAUUUCUGGCUGCUAUUUUUUGUCUACUUUGUUGGUGUUGGCACUGGGGUUACUGUUCUCAAUAAUCUUGCUCAAAUAGGUAUUGCCCAAGGGGAGGAAGACACUACCACCUUGCUGUCAAUUUUCAGUUUCUGCAAUUUUGUGGGGCGGCUUAGUGGAGGAGUUGUUUCGGAACAUUUUGUCAGGACAAAAACUAUCCCAAGGACAGUCUGGAUGACGUGCACGCAGACUGUUAUGCUCAUUGCAUACCUUCUGUUUGCCUAUGCUAUCAAUGGAACCCUUUAUCCUGCAAUUGCAUUUCUUGGUGUCUGCUAUGGUGUGCAAGUUUCUGUGAUGCUCCCAACUGUUUCCGAGCUUUUUGGUUUGAAGCACUUUGGCGUGUUGAGCAGCUUCAUGUCGCUGGGGAAUCCAAUUGGUGCAUUCCUCUUUUCAGCUCUGCUAGCAGGGAACAUAUAUGACAAUGAGGCAGCAAAACAGCAUGGUAUAGGCCUUCUUCUUGAUUCUGGUGUUUCCUGCAUCGGUCCAAAUUGCUUUAAGCUUACCUUUUUCAUUCUUGCUGGAGUGUGUAUUGCCGGCAUCGUCUUUAGUGUUAUCCUGACUCUGAGAAUUAAGCCUGUUUACCAAAUGCUUUAUGCUGGAGGCUCUUUCAGGCUACCUCAAACAUCUUCAAAUCAACGAAAGUAGUUUGAACAAUGAAUAAAACUGAGCUUCCUAGUUCUAUUCUAUACCAGUUGCGCUGGUAGAUUUACUUAUGGCCUGCCAUUACUGCGAUAUAUAUGUUAUGUAUCUGGGCAUCAAUUAUGAAGAUCAAAAUUUUCGUAUCUCACAUGGAAAAUGCCUGUUUUUGUUUGUCUUAGGCUUAAAGAUGAUCUGUCUACCUAAGUAUAGAGGCCAAUCAAUAUACACUGACAGUCACAUGUUUUAAUGUGAUGAUACAGUUACUGAGAUUUAUAUGUGUACUAUUAUUACUUAGUCUAAUUUUAAAAUUUGAAAUUUGCUAUAAAUGAUAUGGGAUGUAUUUAUGCACUUUGAUUUUA